GUGGAAUGAGACCUGAGAGUCCUAUGAGGUAGGCAGCCAUCCAGCCAGAGAAGAGCUAACUUUCUGAACUUCUUAAACUGUACAGUGGAAACAGAGCAGAGCAGCUUGUGGUCUGCUUGAGCCAUCACUGACAAAAAAUAAUACUUUUCCAAAGUUUUCCUUGUAAUCCAGAAUCCUCUGGUUGAAAAUGAACGGUCCAGCAGAUGGCUUAUUUGACUCCUUGCAUGAGGAUGGGGCAUUCAUGUUCACUUCAGAGUCUGUUGGAGAGGGGCAUCCCGACAAAAUAUGUGACCAGAUCAGUGAUGCGGUGCUGGAUGCCCAUCUGAAACAAGACCCUGAUGCCAAAGUUGCUUGUGAGACCGUGUGCAAGACUGGCAUGGUGCUGCUGUGCGGGGAGAUCACCUCUCGAGCGGUGGUGGACUACCAGAAGGUGGUGAGGGACACCAUCAAGCACAUCGGCUAUGACGACUCAGCAAAGGGCUUUGACUUCAAGACCUGCAAUGUGCUGGUAGCUCUGGAGCAGCAGUCUCCUGAUAUUGCACAGGGUGUCCACCUGGACAGGAAUGAAGAGGACAUUGGAGCUGGGGAUCAGGGUUUGAUGUUCGGCUAUGCCACGGACGAGACAGAGGAGUGCAUGCCUCUGACCAUCAUCCUGGCACACAAGCUGAACGCCAGGAUGGCAGAGCUGCGACGCAAUGGGGCUGUUCCCUGGCUGCGCCCUGACUCCAAAACCCAGGUGACGGUGCACUACGUGCAGGAGAAGGGAGCGGUGAUCCCUGUGAGGGUGCACACAGUGGUGAUCUCUGUGCAGCACGAUGACGGGGUGACUCUGGAGGACAUGCAGCAGGUGCUGAAGGAGAAAGUGAUCAAGGCCGUCGUUCCUGCCAAGUACCUGGACGACAAGACUGUCUACCACCUGCAGCCCAGUGGGCGUUUCGUCAUUGGGGGACCUCAGGGAGACGCGGGCGUGACCGGCAGGAAGAUCAUCGUGGACACAUACGGGGGGUGGGGUGCGCACGGAGGAGGGGCCUUCUCGGGCAAAGACUACACCAAGGUGGACCGGUCGGCUGCCUAUGCUGCCCGCUGGGUGGCCAAGUCGCUGGUCAAGGCUGAGCUGUGCAGGAGAGUGCUGGUACAGGUGUCCUAUGCCAUAGGAGUGGCACGCCCCUUGUCCAUCUCCCUUUUCACCUACGGCUCUUCCGAAAGGACCGAGAAGGAACUGCUGGAGAUUGUGGACAAGAACUUUGACCUCCGACCUGGGGUCAUUGUCAGGGACCUGGACCUCAAACGUCCAAUCUACCAAAAGACCGCGUGUUACGGACACUUUGGGAGAAAGGAGUUCCCCUGGGAAGUGCCGAAGGCUCUGCGGUUCUAGAUCGCCGGUGCCCACGAUGGCACCGCCAGCUGUCAGAGAGAGGGAGCGGCGAGAUGGGCUCACGGCGACCUGUGAAAAACACAGCAUCUCAAUCAAGUGUGGUAAAAUGUCAUAAUUGUCAGGUCAUUGGCGAGAACUACAUUCUGUUCUUGCUUCUGUCUUGUUUUGUUCCUCAGGCCAGGUGACAGGUUUUUAACUACUACUGUCCUAAAUUAAACUGUCCGCCCUGCAGUGGCUCAGGGUCUGCUUGCAGGGGGCAGACAGCUUCAUGUCUUUGUCCUGUCAUGAACACAGGGGUUUGAGGUCAUGAGCUACCCAUCCAUCCAGCAACAGAAGAAUGCUCAUUCCUGGUAAGCGCUGUGGCAGCACGGCACCCUGGACAGGAGGGUUGUUUCAUGCCUCACAUAAGCACACAACACUCAACUGAACCAGCUUGUUUUUGGAAGAUGGGAGCAACCUGGAGCAUCUGGAGACAGUGCACAAGAACACACAGAGAGAACACGCAAACUCCACACAGAAGGCACCCCAGUCCCAAAUUGAGUCCAAGAGCCAUUAGGCAGAAGCGCUAACUCUGUGGGGAAUUGGUGAUGUUUAUAAAUGCAGGGUGUAGAUUUUGCUGUAGCUUCAAAGAUGACACAUUUUUGUCUUUUUUCAAACUAUAGCACCGCGGCACAUUUUGUGUACAGUGAUGUGCCGCCCUGGCUGAGGACAGUUUAAGUUUGGCCAGUAGUAGUUUUUCAGUGUCUUGUCUUUGUAUGGAUGCUGUUCCACUGUAAUGUAAGCAGUGCAUAGUUGACUGUGAUGAGUUUUCUGUUUUCUGGUUGCAUAUGAACAUGAUCACUUAUAUAUACACUUAGGAGUAGUUGCUAUGUUGUCCAGAAGCUGUGGAACAUUUGUGUUCUCUUUACCGGUAAGUCUUGCCAUUGUUAUUUCUGAAAUAUACCAAAUGAGCAAUUCAAACAAUGUCGCUCUAAAAGGCCAGGAAAGUUGACUUUAAUUGUCAAAAUCUAUAUUGAUACAUUCUGUAUGUAAGUCUUAAUAUAUGGUGCUGCAUUUUUAAAGGGUGUAAAGCAUCCAUUUUUAUUGAUGAUAAUUUCUCCUACUAGUGGAAUGACUUGGACCAUUGUGUGUGUGUAGAUAAAGGUGGCUUUUAAUUUGCAUGUGUGUCUGAAUUUCUCGCUCAAGCUAAGAAGCUGAAGAAAGCCAAGUGCAGGAAGUGUGUUUCUAGGAAGAUUUCCACACCGAAGGAAAACUCAGGGAGUAAUUCAUGAGCUUGUCUCUGUGCCUGCUGCCCAGAAUGCUGUAAAGUGUGUAACCAAAAGACUAUGUAUCAGUGGUGCUUCAGCUAAAUUCUCAUGAAUUUGGGAAAUCUUGUCUUAACUCUCAUCUUUUUAAUGCAGUGUCCAUAGAGCUUACCUAAUCCUGGCUCCUGUUGGAAUCAAAGAAAUCACUAGAGGACAAGGUCUUCUGGUCUUCAUUCUAGCUGAGCUUGUGGAUAUACAACAACUUAAUAAAUUCAUAGGAGUGCCUUAAAAACUGACAACAGUAGCCACUUCUUUACACCGAGGGUGAUGGGAGUACGGAACAAGCUACCAAGCCAUGUUAUUGGAGCCAAUACCCUGGCCCCUUUAAAGAAACUGGAUGAGAUCUUCUGAUCAAGUAGCUACUAACUGCUAAACAGGCUGGUGGGGAUGACUUUGUAACUGCUGUUAUGUUCUUAAUGUGGAAGUCAUAGUGUGAUUAUAGCACAUCUUGUUCACAUUGUCGACAGCUGAAAGCCCCGUUACAACAAGGUCAGGUGAAGCAAAUGAAGGUGAAAAUUAGGCCAAGCCCAGAAUCAAAACCAGAAGAGAAACUGAUCCUCCAGUUUCUCCAGUAAUCUGACUGAACCUGCUUGGCUGAGGGCCAGUACCCUGGUCAUAGGACAAGGAGGUUGGGACCCCACACAGAGCGAGGAGUGACACUGUGGCAGGUGCACAGGGCCUGCUGAAAGCUGUACAAGACGCAAUUAAAAGAGAAUAGGGAUUGGCAUACUGUAUUACAGUAUAUAUACUGUAUAGCUUUGAGAAAUGACAUUAGGAAAGAUUAUGAUUUUUGAACUGCUAAAUGUGAACGGCUGGGAAGUCAAAGUUUUAGAUAAUUUAGAUAACGGGAGCAGCAACAACAAUCCAAUUUUUUUUCAGGCUAAUAGCCCAUUCACAUUGACAUAUGUGUUGUACUACUAGACCUAUAUUUACAGCAAAAUCUCAGCAAUUACAGUUCCUCUCCUGAGCCUGUUCCCUUGCAGAGCACUUCAGUGGAGUGGGCCAGCCUGUCUCAGGGGCUGUACUGGCCUCACUGAGCCCCCACUCGGCCUGUCGGUCCACCUCCAUCAGGAAUUGCUCUGCGCUGCUUUAGCCAGCACUGAUCGAAGGCUUAGCCACAGGAAAUAUUGCUUGAAAGCUGGGCAUUUCUUGGGCUGGAAGAGAUUUGUAAUACUUCGGCCUUCAUUGAAGAAGCCUUGUGGCUCCCAUUUCAUGGUUGACAAAAGCAUAUACCAUCUAGAUUGAUGUCUCCAUUGAUGUGAUCUUCUGGUUCAAGGGUCUCCAGCUCAAUUCCUGGAGGCCUAAUCUCCGCUACAUAAUAGGUCUAAUUGGCUUCAUAAUACUUCAACCCUGGCUUCAGGGUACUUUAUACGUAGCUGUACCUUUAAUGCAGUGAUAAUAAUCUGUAAAAGACCUUAAGAAAAAUGCCACUUUACAUCUACUUUAAAAAAAUAGUUACUGUAGGUUGACUACUCAGGUUGGACCAAACUCCAAAGACACGGGCACUGCAGGAGCUGAGCUUGAGAGCUCUGUUCUAGACAUGUAUCUAUCAUGCUGUGCUGUGAACCUCCCACAAGUCCCUCCACGCAGGACCUGCACCUUUGAGGUUUCUGUCUGUAUCAUAUGAAGAGUUGGAGAAUCCUGCAAAUGUAAAUAAUAAAGGAAAAAAAAGAAA